AUGGUAUCCAACAGCUUCCCAGCCACUGAGCGCAACGCCAUGAUGGUUUCAGAGGAAGUAAGUGCAAUAAUCCAAGGCGAGAUCCCAAUCAAGAGACCCGAUUCGGGCAGUUAUGUUUUAGAUUGCAAUAUACGGAACAAAAAUUUUCCUCGAUCCCUUUGUGACCUAGGUUCCAGCGUGAACCUCAUGCCACAUUCUGUCGCAAUAUCCCUAGGAUUCGACAAGUUCAAACCUACCAAAAUAACUUUGGUUCUGGCCGAUAGAUCCGUUAGACUACCUGAGGGAGUGCUUGACGACGUGCCAAUAAGGAUUAAUGGCUGUCACGUCCCAACGGAUUUCGUAGUAUUGAAAUACCAAAAUGAACCAAAAGAUCUCCUAAUUUUGGGUAGACCAUUCCUAGCCACUGCAGGUGCGAUAAUCGAUGUCAAGGAGGGUAGGAUAUGUCUAAACAUUGGAAACAUUCCGAUGACUUUUGACAUGGACAACCUGAUGAGACGACCCUUGAUCGAUAAACAGACUUCCUACGUGGACGAAAUAUGUGAAUUGGAUGAAGAAUCUUUCAUAAAUUCAUGCUCAUACGACCCUUUGGAGAAAGUACUCACAACUGGUGAAGAGGAAACUUUCAGUGUCGAUAGUAGAGCUGAGGAAUACACACGAUUAAUGGACGCAAGUAUGGAAACUGGAAGCGUCGAUGACAUAGAGGAUGACGCUUCGGAAAUCAAUGUCGAACGAUAUCUACUAAAAGCUGUCGAUCGACAACCAUCCUCCUCGAAGGAAUGGGAUCCCGAAAAGGCACCAAAGAUUGAGUUAAAACAGCUGCCCGUUGGACUCAAAUAUGCCUUUCUCUAUAAAUAUUCAUACCCAGUAUUCGUGAAUGCCAACCUCACAAAUGGAGAACUUGCGCUGUUACUAUAUAAACUACACAAAUACAGGAAGGCCCUCGGGUACUCUCUCGAAGACAUUCCUGGCAUUUCUCCAGAUCUGUGCAUGCACCGGAUUUACCUAGAAGACGGUUCGUAA